CACCCGGAAAGCCGUAUGCUUUGGAAGAAGCUUGUACAGUUUGGGAAGAGGUUUUGAUUGAUCAAAAAGAAGAAUGAUGGGUUCAAUGUUAUGUGUCUAUAAUACAUCCAAGGAUGUGGUGUUGUUAGAAGUGCAAAGAUAUGAUGAAAAAUGAGUAUGAUGUAGAAGAAUAAAUAUGAACUAUUUGCAACACCGGGUAGGGUAAAGUAGGGGUGAAAUCCUAAACAGAUCAUGUAUGACAUAUAAGUAAAAGCUUGAAUGAAUGACCAAUAAUGUACAUACGAAAGAUCGAAUGGACAAGGGAAGAAAUUUUGUAUAAAUAUACUUUGGUGAGACGUAAGUAAAUCAUUAAGUGAUUAAAUAUGCAUCGAGUUUAAUGGACGAAAGACACUCCGAGCCACAGAAUAGUCUGAUAUCAUUUUUCGUAUUAAUAUUUAUAUUUGGUUAUUAUUUACUCAUUGAGUGAUGUCUCACCCCGUCAAUUUUUUUUCCUCACAGAGUUCGGUUAGCACCAACGGACUUAGAUGGGCAAGUGAAAUCAACCGAAUGGCUAAGAGGUGGGCAGCGGAACUUAACUCUCCACACGCUUACAAUUUAAGCACGAAAGGAACAACAAAUCCUCUCAAACUAUUUUUAAAACAUUCUUGAUUUUUAAAUGUGACUCAUAUACUCAUAGAGGAGGUAUACUGGAAAUGAGUAAAAGUAGCAUACAUGAUAGGGUGUUAUAGUGGGCGUAUGAGACAUUGGAGGAGGAUACAAAAGAGUCAGGAAUGACAGUUGAUGUUUGAUUCAAUGGAACUUUCCUGUUUGAAACUUUGUGAAUGUACUGGAUAUGGUAUUGGUGCUGUAGGUGUUUGAUGAUGUUGGCCUUGACCUUGAGCCUCUUCAGCGAGAUGGGGAAAAGAGUAAACAAGGACCAAUGGAAGCUGAGUUGCCUCAUGUGUAUCUACUACUUUGAAAUCACAAAGUGAAAGCUAACCUGUAGAGAUGAUCCACCCAUGGAAGAAGCUAUUUUACAUUCUUCUAAUAUUGCCCCCCGUAUUUCCAAAUAUGCCAAAACACCACUAAAAAGGUAACAGGAAAAUCAAAACCAAAGACCUGGAGAAUUGUACUGGUAAUGGGAUGAGAGAAAGAUUGAUUUCAAAUACGAAGUUCUUGAAUGCAACAUUGAGAUGAAUGAAACUCAAUGAACCAAAUCACUUACCAAGAACAACCAAAAGACUAUGUGUUCAGAGAACCUUAGAGGAAACCAGGAUAAUUGUUGAGUGUUGAUUACAAUGUAUAUUAAUAACAAACACAUAAACAAUGCUCCCACCAACUUCGAAUUGUUUCCAAUGACCAUUCCAUCUAAUACUCCCACCAAAGUGAAACUAAUGUCACUUGAUCUAAUGACCAGGUAUUCCAUCUAAACUUUCGACUGUUAAAGAAAUUGUGGGACAACACAGAACAAAGGACGAUCAACAAGUCUCGCCAGGUAGCAUUUUGUGACUUUAUACCUUCAGAGAAGCCCAAAAGUUGUCAGAUUCAUCACUGCCGCCAAAGAUCUGCGUGUGUACCGCCUCUUCCUUCUCCAUCGUAAGCAAUUGCCGACUCGCCGCCCACCACCAGAGAUCGCUCUUGUUAGUUUCAGGGGGAGUAAUGAUUGGGUUUGAGUAGGUAUAAGAAUCUUUGGAAGUGGAUGAGAAGAGAGGCAGGUAAGGAAUAGGGGAAACGAAUAAUCAAUUUGACUCACCGCGGAUCAGUGAUUUGGUGGUGACGUGUUUUCCUUUUCUUUUUUCAUUUUCAAACGAAGAUCGGUGACCGGUGGAACUGGACCGGGACUUCUCGCCAACUUCUGGGUCUGAUUUGAGAGUGAGAAGGGGAAUUGCCAACGAUGGUCGUCUUACUAUCAUGCCGUGCGAUUGGCAACGGUGGUCGUCUGGAAUGUGACAGAACGACAUGGAUUAGGUACAACAGGGCAGUGCGUAGGGAGCGGGAGGCGAGAAGAAUGAUGCCAAGACCACUGAAGGAGACGAUCUUGCCCUUGGACUCGGAGGAGAUGCAAGCUACAGGCGGCGAGAGAAUGUCGAUGUGGAGCAGAAGGAUUUGUGAAUUAGGCUAGUGAAAUGGGGGAGGAAGGGGCCGUCGGACAGGGAGAUUGACGAAGACGGAAAGAAUAUUGACGGUUUUGUCAAGUGGCGGUUUGGGUCUUUCGAUGGGUCUAUCAGGUUUGCAAUUAGAUUAAAUAAAAUCAGGUUACGCCACGUCAAUUCCAAGUGGACCAAUUACAAUUAGCGUCACCGGUACCACAAUCUUUAGAGCGGGUAUUGGCCAAAGAUUUAGGGGUUUUGAAUAGUGCAUAAAAAGCAAAGCCUAAGUUAGAAUGACUUAAGUUAUUCAGUGUGGGCCCAAAUGAAGCCCAAACAACUAAUCACGGGCCUCGUGGCACAUUGCAUAACUGAGAAUUGAACCUACAUCUAAGAAGUAGAAGAGGAUGGUUGCUAGGGAUGUUACAAUCUUUGUGAUCAAUGGCUCGCUGGUUAUCAUCCAAGGUGAAAUCCGACCGUAGUUGCUAUUCCCGUUGAGGUUACGUGGCAUCCAAGGAUUUUUCUUCUGUAUCAUCCACACAUUCAACGUAGGCUUCCAGCCCAUCAAACUGGGGACCGGCCCACAACCGCAUGCAUCCAGGUCAACGGCACCACCUUUGACUUGAGAAAGAAAAGCAAAGCCAAAUUCCCAUGUCCAAUCCAAGUGUCCAACCCCACGCGCUCGGCUGUGGUUCCCACCACGCACUCAGUAAUAUUCCACAACGAUUGAGGCAUCUGGGCUUUUUACCGGCUCUGGCCGGUCCUACUGUUGGUUUUGGCCGGUAGCCGUUAUUUCAUUCCAUCCAUCCAUCCAUCCUCUCUUCCAGUUCCAGUUCCAGUUCCUGGCCUUGAUUUUUGUGGCUCUGCCAAUCGAUUAUUUGACCCACAAGUCUGCUUGCUUGCUUGCUUUCUUUCUUUUCUCCGGUCUUUCUUCUCCUUCUCUUCUUCGUCUUCUUCUUUCAACUACUGAUUGAGAAAGAGGAGCGCGUCAUUUUUAACUCUGGCAAGGCAACCAUUCUCGCUCACUCCGCACCUCCUCUGCUUGCCCGGUACGUCAAGUUUCUCCUUGCUUUUGCUGUUCACCAUCAUUUUGUAGACUAGGAACUAUGUUCUGAUCCACUUGUAUCAGAACAGUGAACCUUUUACUUAUCCUAUGGUGUAUGUAGCUCUUACGGUUAUUGCGUCGUGAAGUGAUUCAUCCUUUUCCCCCAUGUUCUAAUCGCUCCAACUAUAUAUUGCAUAUCUUUGGGUGUAAUUUGGGAUUGCCUGGGAAGAAAUGUUCUAAAGUUACUUACUUCACAACUCCUUGGCAGUUGGAUUCUUUAUCGAGUUGUUCUCCGCUUCUUUUGGUAAAGUGAGAUUCGAUCUGGGUUUUCCGCGGGAGGUGGGAUAUGGAUUCCCGAUUGGUUGGAUUCUCCGGUUCAACGAAUGGGAUCACUUUCCACGAGCAAACCCUCUUCCCUGAUCUAACUCACUACGCCAACACCGCCACCAACGGGUUUAGAUUCAACGAAAACACAUCCUCCUCCUCCUCCGCCAUGGAAUUGGGGCGCAAGUUCAUGGACGACCCACUGGUAUUGACUGAUCUGGAUGCCAGCAACUUCACUCAACCCUCACCUUUGACAAGCACAGAAGGAGACUCCCCAACCGACGACAACGACUUUGGGGAGACUGUGCUCAAGUAUAUAAACCAGAUGCUUAUGGAAGAGGACAUGGAGCAGAAACCCUGCAUGUUCCACGACCCACUGGCUCUCCAAGCUGCCGAGAAAUCACUAUAUGACGUCAUCGGUGAGAAGUACCCUCCCUCGCCGGGCCAAUCGUCUUCAUUUGGUGACCAAUUUUUAGUUGAUAGCCCUGAGAAUGAAUCUUCCUAUAGUGUUGGUAGUGAUUAUGGUGGGUCUAGCGGUUCUAAUAGUGGCUGUUCGGCUGAUGUUCAUUGGAAUCGUGAGGUGGGCGAGUCAAAAGCUCCGUUUAUGCAGAUGCCUCUAGCUACUGAUUUUGUAUUCCAGUCCCCUUCCAUGUCGAGUUCACAACUGUCUCCUAUACAGGAAAAUGGGACCAUGAGUAAUGGUAAUGGCAGUGGUGAUGGUAAUGGUGUGGUAAGUUCUUAUGCUGGUAAUUUUGUGGUCCCGAACUUCUUCAGUGGGAGUGAUUUGGAGUUGCAGUUCAAAAGAGGGGUAGAGGAAGCUAACAAGUUCCUUCCCAAGUUUAGCCCACUGGUCAUUGAUUUGGAGUCCAAGAAUUUUACUGCAAAAUGGGAGGAACAGCCACCAAUUGUUGUUGUGAAGGCAGAGAAGGAAGAACGGGACUAUUCCCCUAAUUUGAAGGGAAAGAAGAACCAUGAUAGGGAGGAUGACGGUUUUGAAGACGAAAGGAGCAACAAGCAAUCUGCAGUUUCGGUUGAUGAGACCGAGCUGUCUGAGAUGUUCGACAAGCUAGUAGUUUGUAAUGGGAGGGACGAGAAGCCAUCGUGCAUCCUUCACUAUGAAGCUCCAGAGAAUGAAGUGAAAUGCUCUAAGCAGAAUGGCCUGGCCAAUGGAUCAAAUGGUAAAAAGAAGAGUCGAGCCAAGAAAUCACAGGGAAACAAUAAUGAAGCGGUGGAUCUGAGGACACUGCUAAUUCUGUGUGCACAAUCCAUCUCUAGCGAUGACAGAAGGACUGCUAAUGAAUUACUGAAGCAGAUCAGGCAGCAUUCAUCCCCUUUUGGUGACGGGUCUCAGAGACUUGCUCAUUGCUUUGCCAAUGCCCUUGAAGCACGUCUGGCUGGCACUGGAACCCAAAUAUAUACUGCAUUGUCUGCUGAAAAGACUUCUGCUGCUGAUAUGUUGAAAGCAUAUCAGGCCUAUAUCUCAGCUUGCCCAUUUAAGAAGGUGGCCAUUAUCUUUGCCAAUCAUAGCCUUAUGCAUGCAACUGCAAAUGCAGAUGUAAUCCAUAUCAUAGACUUCGGUAUCUUGUAUGGUUUUCAAUGGCCAGCUCUGAUUUAUCGCCUUUCAAAAAGGCCCGGUGGGCCUCCAAAGCUGCGGAUUACCGGGAUAGAGCUUCCACAGGGUGGGUUCAGGCCAGCAGAGAGAGUUCAGGAGACAGGGAGAAGAUUAGCAAAGUACUGCGAGAGGCAUAAUGUUCCAUUCGAGUACAUUGCCAUUGCAAAGAAAUGGGAGAACAUCCGAAUCGAUGAGCUUAAGAUCAACAAAGGCGAGUUUGUUGCAGUGAAUUGCCUGUUCCGGUGCAAGAACCUCCUCGAUGAGACGGUUGUGGUUAGUAGUCCAAGGGAUGCUGUUCUGAGACUGGUAAGACAGGCUAACCCCAAUAUGUUCAUGCAUGCCAUUGUCAAUGGAUCGUACAAUGCCCCAUUCUUCGUUACGAGGUUCAGGGAGGCGCUCUUUCAUUUCACUGCACUGUUCGACAUGUUGGAUGCAAACAUGGGUCGUGAAGACCAGAUGCGGAUGAAGUUUGAGAAGGAGUUCUAUGGCCGGGAGGUGAUAAAUGUGAUAGCUUGUGAGGGUUCAGAGAGGGUGGAGAGACCCGAGACGUACAAGCAAUGGCAGGUGAGGAACAGAAAAGCCGGGAUGAAGCAGCUGCCAUUAGACCCUCUGUUGAUGAAGAAACUGAAAUGCAAGGUGAGGGGCAAGUACCAUGAAGAUUUCGUGGUUGAUGAAGAUGGACAAUGGCUGUUGCAGGGGUGGAAGGGGCGUAUUGUGUAUGCGUCGUCGGCAUGGGUUCCUGCAUGAUAGGACUAGGAGGAGGAGAGCACUCUGGUUGCAGAGUCGUCAUUGUUGAGUUUUAAACCAUACUAUACUAUAGCCUUGCUUACUGCAUAGGUAGCUCUAACUACUUUAUAGCGAGCUAAGUAGAGCAUGUUGUGUUGUUGUUUUCGGUGUAUGACCAUCUUCCAUGUUCAGCCUUUCAAACUUGUAGCAGUAGAACGUACAGCUGAUUUAUCAUAUGUACUACCUUUAUGACUUUAUCCAGUUAAAUAAAAGGCGAUUGGAAUUAAUGGGUAGUUCCAGAGUGGUGGAGUUGUGAUGAAGGAAGCUUCUUGAUUCGUUUAUUUGUUGGUAUCUGCUGAAGACAACUGAAGAAGCUAUUUUUUAUAUUUAUUUCGUUAAGGUGAUACCGUCCUGGAUGCACCUUUCGAUCUUUGACAACUUGUUAACUUGGCGAGAUUACGAGAUGGUCGCUAGCAUCAAUUUUUAAGCGUGGGGUUUAAAAAAAGGAAGAAAGCUUGAGCAUCUAAUUACGAGGAAAUGAAGUAACAUUCCAUGGAAUUAUCAAACAAGUGGGUUUCAGAGUCAGUUAUUUUCUGAGAAUUAUCGAUCAGGGACAAUUUAUUACCUCCGGCACCGGAGGGAUAUGUCACGGACAUAGAUUUUCGAAGUCCAUGCGGCGUCUUGGGGUACACUCCUUCUUCAAGACGGCCUCUCUGUAUACGCAUGCUAACUGGUUUCGCUCUGCCUUGGACUCAUCAGAGAGACGGCAAUAGCCUCCGACCAGUUGUGCCUUCUCUUGCAACGAUCCCCUUCAUAGCCACAUACUGACUCGGCCAGAAACGAUGCACAGGCAGACAACGCCUUAUCGCUAAUGUCGCCCCCUUUACCCCUCUUGCGGCAAGACAACCAGAUGACAGUGUUCUUUAGACGAUCAACACGGUCACGACAUUUCGGAUCGUGACAUUCUCCACCACUCAUAAUACAUCACGUCCUCGUGCUGGUGAAAAAUGUUUCUCUCCGCAACAUGUAUUGCAACACUCGAACCAAUUAUGGGCGUCCGUGUUAGAAACAUAAUUAUUUGGGUUUUCAUUCUAUCGGAUUAUUUAUCGUUGUUUUGAGAAUUAGUACUAUUUGGAAAAUUUGGGGAAGGACAAUAUUUGGCUUCUACCCUGGUUGCAGCGGCUUCCUGCAACCAACACAUGCAUCCGCCACUUAUUGGUUCCCUUUUAUUCUCUUUAUUUGUUUCUUAAAUGCCGGCUUUCUUCAUUGUAAUUUUAACAUGAUGAAUAACCAAGUAGAUGGUAAGGAAUUCUCAAGGCUUUUAAAUUAGUUUCUCCUUGUUUAUCUCAUCAUGGUUAGACAUAGCUCUAGGCUUUUCUAAUAUGAACUAUGUAGUUGUGGCAAAUCUCACAUUCUAAUGGUUUGAUAAUAUUAUUAUUUUCUAUAGUAUAAGGAGAUGAUACUCAGUCCUUAAAGAUUAUCUAGUAAUAUGAAAGUGGAUAAUCCAUAUUUUAUUUUGGGUGAAAAAAAUUUAUAUCAUGGUGAUAUGAAAUAUAUGUAUUCAAAAUAUGAAAAAUAUAUUACAAUAUUACGAAAAUAGACAAUGAUGGUACGAUUGGAGUAUUGGACUACGGUGAUAUAAAAUAUACAGCAGUGAUAUAGAUGCUAUAUAUGCCAUACUAAUAUAUAUUGUACUGAAAAGGCUUUUAUGAAAUUUAUGGAAAAUUGAUAUAAUUUUGUAAAUCUCAAUCAAAUUUUUUCUAUGUAAACUUUUCCUUUAAAAUCUAAGUAAAUAUGAAGAAUACAA